AUGAGGGAAGAUUUGUUUUAUACAAGGGAUCAAGGGAGGCGACAUUUGAGCCUGCAUCAGGGCCUGGCUCAACAGGGGUAUCUGCAAGAGCGCCAAUCAAGAAAAGGAACAGCAGAAGCUGGACCUUUGAUAUCUAGUGAUAUACUCGACCUCGCAUCUCAACGACUAUUUAUUGUUUCGGCAUUCAUUCUUAUACAAAGUUGGAAAUUAUACGAUCUACUAUUACUCAAAUCAGACUUUGCCCUUUCAUCUAAUAGCAAUAAGGGACUUGAUGGUAUAUCAACAAUAUCGACCGCUGGGUUCUUGUUCAAAUACAUUAUCAUUGAUGGCUUAUUUGUAUGGAGUUUACCGAUUUUGAACAUUCCGUAUUUGAGGUUUUCUUUGUCAAAGACAAUUUUGUUCACAAUUAUUUUGAAUGCAUCAACUGUAUUCUUGGUAAGUUCUUGGGCUGUUCCACUUUUAUCAAACGUUUUUUUACCUGUUUGGAAGUUUGUACUACAAAAGAAGGAGCUAAACAUAGUGGGUGAGUCGAUCAAUGUGGCUAAAGCCAUUGACAUGGAUUCACAUUUCAAAGGACAGUUAACAAUUCAUUACCUUCCUGACUCAUCUGCCAAGAUGAACCCAUUCAAUAUUGAUCAGGUUUGUUUAGGUUCCGAGAACAACUUUAUGAUCAAAAUGCCUAUUGAAUUCAACUCAACUUCGGGGAUUGGUGUCAUACAGAUCCAACAGAUUACCCCAGAUAAUGAAGUACGUUUGCAUAAUUACACUGGCAGAGCACUCAAAAAGAUCUUAAAGCGGGAUGUCUCUAGUUUAGAGAGUCCCUCAAAGUUGCAUCGAAAUUUAAAGCCAAUGUCGAAACAUGUUUCAAAGUCCAAUACGAUCUUUUAUGCCGAGUAUCCUAUUAUAUCACCGGGAUCCUAUCGAAUCAAAAGCGUUUUGGAUACAAAGGGGAAUAGUAUACGAACAUACAAAUCUGAAUUUGUUGUAGCCGAGUGCCCACUGGCACGAUUCUACUAUCCUCCGCACUUUGACCAAAAUAAGAAAUUCACUUGCUUUACAUCCUUAACAACAGACUCAUUCAGCUUUCCAUGGAUUGAGACUUUGGGCCUGACACAUGUAUUUGUCUCAGUUGACGUAAGCUUGAAUAAACAGGAGUUUAAAAAAUUAAACAUUAGCGUUGGACAAGAUGUUGUUUCCAGUCCGAAAAACUCAAAAACUGAUAUAAGCUAUUUAAAGCCGCAGAGAUUAUUAAGAAACUCUUUGGAGGAAAACAUUAUGAAGCAGCUUAAUCAAACUUUGUUGGGAACAAACUCUUUAUUGGAAUUCAAAUUGGUUUCUGUUCAAGACACAAUUGGAAAUUUGCACCGAUAUCAACCACUUUCCAAAGACUCUGAUGUCUUUUAUGAAAUCAGUUUGCGAAAAUCACCAGAAGUGGGCCUAUUUGACUCAAAUCCCGAGCUAGAAUUGGCGAUCAACUCUUCAAAGAAGUUGUCUCUCUCUUACACCGACAUUUUUUAUAAAAAUGAUUUUCCCCUCGAUGUUGUUGUUGGAUUCAAUAAUGAAACUGAGAUAACUAAAUCAUUCAAGUCAGCAUCUGACUUGCAUCAAGGUAUUUCGAUUUCAAAGCCGGGAUCUUAUCAAUUACUAAAAGUGAACGAUGCCAAAUGUCCAUGUGCCAUAUCUCCCAAAAAUUCCGUCCAAGCAAAAUUAGCACAACUUCCCGAGAUAAAUAUUGCAGCCUCACCUAUAAGUGACCGAUGUCUAGGUGUCACGGGUUAUAAAUUUGAUUUCGAAUUUAGUGGGAAACCACCAUUUAGGCUUCAUUAUCAUAUAUAUACCAAUGAAACUGGUGGUGUUUUGAAACCAAUAAGGUCUGCUACAGGUAAAGCCACGAGAGAAAUUAUUUCAAAUUCUAAGUCACACUCGUUUGAAUUCCAGCCCCCAUCUGAGGGUAACUAUGCCAUAGUUUUCAACAGUAUAAUGGAUAGUUAUUACCAUCGACAUCCUAUCGCGAUUGAUGAGAAAAAGUACACAUACCACACGUACUUUAGACAAGUUUCAGAAAUAGGAAUGCAAGUUAGAUCGCGGACAGUCAAAACAUGCUACGGUGUGCCUGCUACGUUACCAUUGACAUUUAAAGGUAAUGGACCAUUUAGCUUUGUUUACGAUUUUGUUAACCCAGAUACAGGAAAGCCAAUAACUAAAAGUACCUCAGUUACAAAUGUGACCUCUUAUUCAAUUACAACACCUCCAUCUUUGUAUGGUAAAGCUGCAGAUGUUGUGUUGAGGAGUGCAAAAGAUCGGUUUGGAUGUGAUGCAAGAAUGACCUCGCAGAGUAUUCGAAUUAUUAGCAGACCAGAAAUUCCUGAGGUUGAGUUUGGUGCAGCGAAAGAGCAUUUUGAAAUUGUUGAAGGUAGUUUCAUAGAGGUGCCAUUGAAUAUCAAGUCGUCAGUUGGUUUGCGUGGAUCAGACUUGAUCAAUCUCAAAUUUGUACCAAAGGAUGGAGACGAAAUCGAGGACUCUCGAAUAAUAAGGGCUGAAAUAAGAAGCGGUUCUUCUGUGAAAUUGACCAAAGCAGGUAGUUAUUGGCUUGAUUCAUUUGUUAAUGAUGGUUGUCAGGGACUUGUCUCACACAGUGAACGCAAAAUUACAUUGUCGUAUUUUGAUCGCCCAGAAAUGAAACUUUCAGUUGAUAAAGAUUUGCUCGAUAUUCAAGACACAACCACAAUAUCUUUGAAACCCGUUUGUAAUGGAUGUCCUCUUGAGGCGGAAUUGCAAAUGUACGGAAAACCACCAUUUUUGGUUGACUAUGAGCUAAAGUUACCUUCUGGAAGAAUUGAGUCGAGAAAAAUUCGUAUUGAUGGCACUAGAAUGAAAGUGAAGUUGCCAACUAAGGAGGAUGGCGUAUAUGAACACCGUUUUGUCCGUAUCUAUGAUGCACACUAUUCAGAACAUACUGGUAUCCAUAUCAGACCCGCUGUCCCCAAGAUAUCGUACAAGAUUAAUCCUUUGCCCAACGUCAAGUUUGUUCCUGAUAGGCACUUUUCUCAAAUCUGUGAGAACAAAUUGAAAAAUAUUGACGAAGUUUUGGAAGUGCCUGUUCUACUCUCAGGAGAAUAUCCAUUUGUCAUUGAUGCAACGAUAACAAAUGAAGAAACGAGGAAGCAAAAAUCUAUCCAAUUCCGCAAUGUCAAUAAACCUACCUUGGAUGUGCAACUAUCUAAUUUUGAGUCUCUUGGGGAUUACUCAAUAGUUUUGAACAAAAUAAUUGAUGGAAAUGGUUGCAUCAACACCGAGCAAAGAUCAAACCGCAAAUACAUUUUGUCAAUAACUGAGCCUCCUGAUGUUGUUUCUUCAUUUCCCGAACAGAAACAUUACUGUGUUGGUGAUCAUGUGUCGUAUAAUGUUAACGGUGUAUAUCCUGUCACUGUUUCGUACCAAUACAAUGAUGUCAACAAAGAAGCCAAAGUCCACCAACGCUUUAUAAGAUUAGCUUCGAAACCUGGAAUUUUACACAUCAAGAGGUUGGUUGAUUCGGGCGAGAAUAGUUGUGUAGUUGACUUGAGCGCGAAUCAUGAAAAAUUUGCGUCGUUGCUGCUCCAAGUGCAUGAUCUUCCUAGUGUUGAGGUCAACAAGGGUGAUUAUAUAGUUGAGGAUUUGCAUGAAGGUGAUCAAACUGAAUUGAUUUUCACUUUCCAAGGCGAGCCACCAUUUCUGGUUACAUAUAUAAGAACCAUUGAUGUCAAAAAGGGUGGUAAAAAAUUGAGGAAGCUUUUGGAAAAGGAAACAGUGCUGAAUAUCGAGGAUUUCGAACAUGUUGUAUUGGCUAGCCUCGAGGGUACUUAUGAGGCCAUUGAAGUGCGUGACAAGUAUUGCCGAGCAGUUAAAAAUAUACAUUACAUAGAGUAG